AUGCCAAAGAAGUCAGACAUCCCUUCUCGUAUCAUUUUUUGUAAGCGGAAAGUGCUGCUCCGCGGCGUGAGCGGCCAGUUCCGAGCCGGCGAGGUGGUCGCCGUGAUGGGGCCGUCGGGCGCCGGCAAGACCACGCUGCUCAACACCAUUUCCGGAUUCACGACGGGGAUGGUGACGAACGGUAGUGUGCGGAUUCAGCGCGAGGACGGCAGCGUCAGCACCAAGCGCGGCGCCGCCUGCUACCUCACGCAGGACGACCACGUGCAGCAGCUCUUCACCGUCCGGGAGAUCGUCAUGCAGGCCGCAGACCUCAAAGUGGGCAGCCGGCUAGGCUUGGAUAUGAGUACAGCAAUGCAAUGUACCCAGUUGAUGCGACGAAUUGCAAGAAGUGGUCGCACUGUAAUCUGUACAAUUCACCAGCCCAGUGAAAACAUGUUGAGCAUGUUUGAUCAAGUAUAUAUAUUAGCAAAUGGCUAUUGUGUAUAUCGUGGAUCUCCCAAUGAUAUGCUUCCUUUCCUGAACUCUCUAGGAUAUCAUUGCCCAAAGUAUCACAAUCCAGCUGAUUUUAUGCUUGAAGUGACAAAUAAUGAAUACGGUGAUGCAGUUUCAGUAAUGAAAGAAGCACAUAAAAUUUUGCCAUAUCCACCUCUUCUUCCUGACAUUAAAGAGAAUGAAGCCAAUGGAAGAGUGAAUGGAAAACAAGGAAAGGCCAAAGAAACUUAUAGUAAUUCAGAAGAGUACAAGCCCAGUGAAUGGGAAAGAUUUAGAGUAUUGGUCACUCGUAACUUGUUACUACAGCAUCGAGAUUGGGCCACCACACAUACAAAACUUUUGGCAGCAUUUCUAGUUUCUUUGAUUAUUGGUAUAUUGUUUGGACCAAUUGGUGAUAAUGCUCAUAGAAUUAUGAGCAAUAUUAGUAUAUUGUUUAUUCUUAGUCUAUACCAAUGCUAUACACCAGAAGCCCCAGCGCUAUUAAAAUAUGGUGAUGAAGUUCAAAUUGUGAAGAGAGAAUGGUUCAAUAAUUGGUAUCGGCUAUGUACCUACACUAUUGCUUUACUUGUUUCCUCAUUACCAUUGCAUGUUAUGAUAAGCACAAUUCUUUGUUCCAUCGCAUAUUAUAUGACUGGCCAGUUGGCAGAACCUUUAAGAUUUGCCUAUAUUACAAUGGCAUUAAUUUUAAUAUCUAUUGCAUCUGAGUCACUUGGUCUACAAAUUGGAUCUCUAUUUAUUAAGAAAAAAAUUGUCAGCCUUUUUAUUGGCGCCACUCAUCUAGCAUAUCUAUUAUUAUUCGCAGGAUUUCUUGCCUUAAAACCAGAAAUGCCAGACUGGUUUGAUUGGGGAGCAAAAAUUAAUCAUUUGCAUUAUGGUUUUAAUAGUAUCCUCAUAUCAUCAUAUAAAAAUCGUAGCAGAAUUUCUUGCCCAGAAGAUGUAGCUUAUUGCCAUCUUCGAGAACCUCAUGCAAUUCUCAAUAUUUUUGGUCUUGAAAGUUCAGAAAUCUGGCACAAUUAUCUUGCCCUCAUUCUUUUCACUGCAUUUUUACGAAUAACAGGAUUCAUCACUUUAAAUUACAAUGUAAAGCAUAUGAAUGUGUGAUGAUAUGUUGUGAUAAAAUUUUAAUAAUUGACAGUGACAAAAGUGGUUAUUACAUUUAGCAAUUGUGAACCAUGGCAAAGAACAGUUUGUUCAUUCUCAUGAGUUCAUGCAUCAUUAUUACCAAACAAGGUAAUUUCAGAAUAAAGAUGAUAUGUAAUAAACCAUUAAUAUCAUAUCCACAAUGCCAAUCAAAAGAAUAUUAUGACUGGCAAUAAAUUAUGCAAAUCAAUGCAUAAUGUUAAUUAAUGGUAUGAAUAUUGUUGUGCAAAUCAUGGGAUAGAUGAUAAUGCAGCCUAAUAUUAAUGUUAGAAUCAUUAUUUUCAUCCUACAAAGUAAUAACACUGUCUUUCCAAGGAUUAUUCAGGAUAAUCAUUGGGAAAGUUAGAAGUUACAAAACAACAUCAAUUAUCGGUGCUACUUUAAAUUUUGUUAUGUCCUGUAAAUUGUGAUGGUAUGAGGUCCAUGUAUAAAAUGCAGAAGACCUAUGCGGAAUUGUAUUGUAAUAUUUGUACAUCAUAUUGUACAAUACUCCAUCAUUUUGUAAAGAUGUCAAUAAGAAAACAUAAAAACCGUUUACAUUCAUGAAACUGUACAAUAUGUUUGUGUUUAAUGACGUCAAUGUCAGGUUGCAAGUACUUAUGUCUUUUACAAUUUUCUAACUAAUGAUGAAGAUUCAUGGAAGCAUGUACUCUUUUCUUUAGUAAUGAAGUUGUGGAUUUAAUUUAGAAGGUCAAUGAAAAGUUGCUGAAAAUACUCAGGAAGUUACGUAGUAUUUUGGAACAAAAUGUUCUCUUAAUUGGUAUGGAUCUCAAUAGUCAAUGACGAUCCACUUUUUCUAAAGAAAAUUAAAAUUCAUAACUAUAUAACAAACAUAAUUUCAACAUCCAAUAUUUUAAAGUAUUGAAAUUGUUUGUAAUUAAUACAUAUAUAUUGUUUUAUGGAUAUAUUUAUUUAUGUAAUAUGUACACAACGUGAUAUCUUCUUAUGAAGACUUGAAUGCACUCUCAUCAAUGAAACAAGUUUUCCUUGAUGUGCAGAGUGGAUACCAUGUAAAUAAUCUAACUUUUAAACUUGGUGAGGUGCAUUGGCUGUGGAGUACUUGAAUAUUUUAAGAUGUGUCUCCUAAUUAAAUCAAAUUGAUUUUGAUAUAAGCACAUUCAAUUGUUAAUAAUUUUCUUGAAACAUGGAAAUUCAGCUUGAAUAGAGAAAAUAAUGUUAACUGAGCUCUCUGCAUGUUUAUAUAGUGAACAAAUGUUAUUGAAGUAGAAAUUAGAGACCUAUAUUUUAACUUCACUUUUAAUUUUCAUUUCACUGAAAAUUGUUGUUCAUUUAGCAUUGCUACAUUUAAUGAACAGUGAAAUUUAAUACAUGUUGUCCUUAUUCUUUGAACUUAUUCUAUGAAGUGGGGCCCCUCCUGACCUCCCCCUCCUCCUCCAGGAAGAGUCAGGAGGAGCCAUCUUACAUAAAUAAAACAUUUGAUUUCCUUAAAUACAACGUCCACUCCAAUAUUUAUCCUUUUUUAACUGAACGAUUUGGAGAAUUGUUAUAUGAUAUUUGGGGAAGAGGCUUUCCUUGUAUGUUUUAUUAAUCUUGUAGAAAAAUUCUAAUCUAAAGAAAAAGGUUUAAUGAAAGGGGAACCCAAAAAUGUAAGUCUACCACCUUUUUGUUGUAGGCUAAGCAUGUCUAUGUUUUUAUUCAUUUAACUUUAUACAUUAUUUGUACAUGUAUAUGCAAUGCAAAUGAAAAUUACAUAAUCUAAAAUCAUACCCACAUAAUAUAUGGAAGUCCUGUUUACUGUUGUUUAUAACAACUGCUCAUGUAAAAAAAAUCUGUUAGAAUCUAAUUGAUAUUUAUCUAUUGAUGAUACAUUUAAGUGUUCAAUAUUUCUACUUUUAUAAUCAUGUGAGUCAUACAACAUCAUUUUUAAUUGUUCAAAGAAAUAUCUCUCAUGCUGGUCAUGAGGGGAAAAGUUCAUGAAUUUGCAUUAUCACAAGAAAAUUUCAUGUACUGAUUCAUAGUUCAAUAAUCAACAAAUGAUUAAAUUAUUCUUUAAAAGGAAUUUAUUUGUGUUCGAUCACAUUUUGCAUUUCUUAAUCAUAUUAUUAUUACUCAAGUUACUUAAAAAUUUGUUAUGCAAAAUUAGAGUUGUUCAUGUUUAUUACAAUCUUCUUAAAUACUUACCAGUUUAAAAAGAAACUUCUGAUUUUUUAAAUAAUUUUUGUUAAUAAAAAGAAUGAUGAAUAAAGUAUAAUUGUAAAUAUUAUAAAUAAAAUAAUAAAU